AUGAGUGCGCCCAAAGAACAGCCGCGAGGCGACGAAGAAGGGAAGGAGCAGCACGUGGUUGCUGCGCAGGCAGCGACGCAGGGGAAGGAAGGCGGCGAUGGCAGCGAUGGGGAGAAGAAGCAGGUGCGCGUGCUGACAACGGAGGAGGCUGCCAUGCUGGACGACGAUGAGUUCUUCAAGGCAUACAAGGAAGGCAGAAUACAACGGCGGCCAGGCCACUGGACGGAGGAAAACUUUGAGGAGGAAAUGGAGAAGCACCCGCUGUUCAUGACGCACGAGCCAACCAAGGAAGAAUAUGUGAACAACCCCCAUCUCUCUGCCCUGCAAGAGAUGUUUGCAGAACUGACGCCCAUUGAGCGUGCGGACCAUCACAAGACGCACGGCAAUGAGGCAUACAAGAAGGCAAGGGCAGCAGGCAAGAACAAGUAA